CCAGCAGCUGGAUCGCAGGCGUGCAUCACUUACGACGCUGUGAAUCGUGCCUACAUCGAAGCAAGGAAACGCAUUAGUGAGUGCCAACAAGUUAAGGGGCAAAAGAAGGAGACAAAGUGUCCUUUGCGUAUUUAAAAAAAAAAAAAUGCAUAAAAGUCCACAUCGUCUAAUAAAUUAACUCCGUAUAAAUUAAUUGAGCGUUGUCUGUCGAGCUUGAUAAGAUGCGACCGAGUAAUCCAAGAGUAAGCUGGAUUAAUUACAAUCGAUGUGCACGGGUAACGAUUAACGCGAGAUAAUUUAACAUGCCACUUCGAUUUCUAUCUAUGAUAGUUCAAUUCGCGAUUCGGUCACGUUCUUCGAAACGAUUAUACCUCUAGCUCGUUGUAUCGUUCAUCCUUGGCUAACGCGCCCCUUGUGUUUGCGCCCGUUCACCACUAUGCUCACGCACGUUUCGUCGGUUCAUGCAGAUGUGGCGCAACCAAAGACGAAAAUAUGGCGGCCGGAGGAUCUGGCCACGGUCGGCGAACUUUUGCUGGAUAUCAGCGUUAAUCUCGCUCAAACGUAAGAGCUCUAUUUUCUUUUUUCUUUUCUUAUCAUUUGUUUCCAAUAAAUCGCUAUGGUUACGAUAUAUUUGUCCCAUAAAAGUAUAAUUUUGCAUAAACAUCGUAGGAUAGAGGGGGGGGGAGUGAUGGCUCACUUUUUAUCUUAUAGAGAAAGACAUAUUUGUGAAAGUACAAUACAAAUAAAUUUAUAAUGUUACAACUAGAAAAAAAAAAAAGAGAAAUGACAUCUGAUCCGGAUCAAAUGACUCAGGUGAAAAAUACAUAUUUUGAACUCAAUUUUUAGUUUAAGAGAUUUUCUCACAAGGUCUGUUCUGACAGUUGAAAAUUCUUUUAUCCUAUUUAUACUCUGAAUUUUAAGUUUUUUUGAAAAGUUUUGUUCGAAUAAUCAUUAUUUCUGCCAAAAACUCUUCAUUUGAUCGUAAUUCUUUAUUGUUAGAUUUUAUUUCUUUGUGGCAUGAUUUUCUAGAGAAUACUAACUUGCACAUAAUUUCGAUGGGUCAACGGGGCCAUCGAACUUGUUUUUCCUUGCAAUGACACGAUAAUAUCUCGCUACAGAAACGUAACCAACCUCACGCACACUGUAUUUCAAAAAAGAGUCAUUACUCUUUGGUAAAAUGUCAAUUAAAAUUUACAGGAUUAAUUUAAAGGAUUUAAAGGAUUUCUUUUUUUUUUGAGACAAUUCUAUUUUAAAGAAUUUUAAUUAAAGCUUGCAUGGGGAUUAAUUUAAAGGUUUGAGACUAUUCACAAUUUACUUUCAAAUGAAAACCUGAAAAAUUGAUACAACUUGUGAUCGAAGUACAAUAUACCACCAGAAAGGAAGUUGCAAAUUGACAUUUGACAACCUAUGUAAUGAGAUGCAACCAUCGCACUCGCCCUGUACAAAAUCUCGUACAAUUUGUCGCAUCAGUAAAAAAUUACAAGAUCCUGUUACAAGACAGAUAUGGGCUAAGCUACGAGGAAGUGGAGAAGAGUCUACCCUUGAUCGACACCUCCAAGACCUUGAUCCACGAGGUGUGUCCAGCUUUCCUAAGCAACGUGGAGUGUCGUGCUGGAAAAUACCGACGAAACGACGGCCUCUGCACGAAUCUACAGAAUCCAACGUGGGGCGCCACGCUAUCCCCCUUCCAAAGAUUGAUGAGCCCGCGAUUUGCCGACGGUUUAACAGCGCCUAGAAUAUCGGUAACUGGCCAUGAUUUACCAUUAUCACGAGUGGUGUCGCGCACCAUGCAUCCUGACGAGGGUUAUCACGAUCACGCUGGCACAGUCAUGGUCAUCGCCUGGGGGCAGUUUAUGGAUCACGACUAUACGCUGACUGGAACCCCUCUAGGUACGCUCUCGAAAUCCGAUAAUUGUCUAGUUAUGCCGUACAGUGCACAUCCUCUGAACCGGAACGACCCGGAGGAAUGUUGCCAUCGGCCGCCGCAUCUCAAGAACCCGUACUGCAACGAGAUUCAUAUACCGGAAGACGAUUAUUUCUACAGGCUGUUCGGCGUGAAGUGCAUGGACUUUGUUCGCGCCUUUCCAGCGGUUCGACCCGGUUGCCGACUCGGCUCCCGCGUGCCUUUUAAUCUCCUGACGGGUGUGCUCGACGGCAACACGGUCUACGGUAUCACGGAAUCGUUCGCUAGGAAGCUGCGCAGCGGUUACGGAGGACUGUUGCGCAUGAACCCGGUGUUCUCGGAGUACGGCUUGCAGGAUUUACUGCCGCUCAAGCUGGACAUCCCCGACGAGGGCUGCACUCGGCCGAAUCGAUCGAUGUACUGCUUCGAAGCGGGUGAGCCUUUUCAAUGCAAAUCUCGGCCGUGUAACCAACGAUUUACGCAAUGUUUGAGCCCGAAGACUCGCAGAGAUUUGGCAACACGACUUUUACCUUCACGAGUUACUUUUACCUUCUCAGGUGAGAUAAGAGUGAACGAGCAACUCGUGCUAACGUGCAUGCACACGUUGAUGGCCCGGGAACACAAUCGAAUCGCAAAGACAUUGAUUCAAAUGAAUCCCCACUGGGACGACGAGACGUUGUACCAAGAGGCAAGACGAAUCGUCAUCGCCGAGAUUCAACACAUCACCUACAAUGAGUUUCUGCCCAUUCUACUUGGCAAAGACGUUAUGGAGAAGUUUGGGCUGCUGCUUGAGAAAAAUGUGAGAGACAAAUCUGUGGAUUUUUCAUUCGAAUAUUGGAAUGGCUACGACGAGAGCGUGAAUCCUUCGGUGAUCGACGCAUUCGCCGCUGCGGCAUUCAGAUUUGGACACUCGCUGCUACCAACGGCAGUGGAAAGAUGGAGCAAAGCUCACAAAUUCAUCGCUUCGAAGAGGCUGUCGGACUUGAUCAGAAGACCGUUCGAUUUGUAUCGUGCUGGAGUUUUCGACGAGUACAUCAUGGGACUGAUGAAUCAGGUUGCUCAAGCCAUGGACGACUCCAUCACGCAAGAAGUGACGAAUCAUUUGUUCAAAAAGGCCGGGGCCAAAUUCGGGCUGGAUUUGGUCUCGUUCAACAUGCAACGAGGCCGUGAAUUUGGUAUUCCUAGUUACAUGGAAUACAGUUAAAAAUGGUAAAAUUCCCGGAAAUAACGGUGCGAAUUUCGAUCUGAUGUUUAGACAUCCAGCUGACGUGGACCUGUGGUCCGGCGGUGUGUCGGAGAGGCCACUUCCGGGUAGCAUGCUCGGGCCAACCUUCGCUUGUGUAAUCGCCACGCAGUUCAGCUAUUCCCGCCGCGGUGACCGAUUUUGGUACGAGCUGCCGAACCAGCCGUCGUCCUUCACUCUCGAUCAAUUGAACGAGAUACGGAAAGUGAAGCUGUCCAGAGUGAUCUGCGACAACACGGACCUCAUCGACACCAUACAGAUUUAUCCCAUGGUGUUGCCCGAUCAUGAGAUAAACCCACGGGUACCGUGUCGAAGCGGCGUGCUGCCAAGCAUGGAUCUGAGCAAAUGGGCGGAAUUCCCAGCCGCGCAAUACGUGAGUAACCUAGCGGACAACUAUCGACCAUACGGAAACGUUUGGCGGAGGAGCGUUUGCUUGAUGUACCAAGACGUCCAACGAGACCGGAAAACGUACGGAACCAAUACAACAGACCACAGGUUCUACGACUCCUCUUUGAGAGUAUUAACGGCAUUGCCUCGUACCUGGGAUUCGGAAAG